CCUCCCACUGCUGCCUAGACUAGACCAGACGUAAGUCUUAAGUUCGUCUGUCUACCAACUGCUAACGUUAGUCCAGCGAGCGGGCGAAGCACGAAGAUCUGCAGAUAUCAACAUGGCCCAGGACAACACAGACACGAGCACGUUAUGUCUGUUUGACGUGGACGGCACGCUGACAGCAGCCCGGCAGAAGGCGACGCCUGACAUGUCAGAGUUCCUGACGCGGUUGAGGCAGAGGGUGCGAGUUGGGGUGGUUGGAGGAUCUGACCUGGUCAAAAUCAAAGAACAGCUGGGAGACGACGUGAUUGAUCAGGUGGAUUAUGUUUUUGCGGAGAAUGGACUGGUGGCCUACAGAUAUGGACAGCUGCACUCAAUACAGAGCAUACAGGCCUUUCUGGGGGAGGAGAUAUUGCAGGAUUUCAUAAACUUCUGUCUGGACUACCUGGCUAAGAUCAAGCUACCAAAGAAGAGAGGAACGUUUAUCGAGUUCCGUAACGGAAUGCUCAAUGUCUCUCCCAUUGGCCGAAGCUGCAGCCAGCAGGAACGAAUCGAAUUCUUUGAGCUGGACAAAAAGGAGCACAUCAGGGAGAAGUUUGUUUCUGUUUUACAAAAGGAAUUUGCUGGGAAAGGGCUGGCCUUCUCCAUAGGAGGUCAGAUCAGCUUCGACGUGUUCCCAGAAGGUUGGGAUAAGCGCUACUGUCUGGGCAUCGUGGAGCAGGACUCCUAUCAGACCAUCCACUUCUUUGGAGACAAAACCAACCCGGGAGGAAAUGACUACGAGAUCUUUGCGGACCCGAGGACGGUGGGCCACUCUGUGACGUCACCGGACGAGACACAGCGGAUCUGUCAGGAGCUCUUCUUCCACUGAACGCUCACACACACACAUACACACACACACACACACACACACACACACACACACACACACACACACACAGCGGAUCUGUCAGGAGCUCUUCUUCCACUGAACGCUCACACACACACACACACACACACACACACACACACACACACACUUAUCCCAAGACCUCACUCACUAACCUUGAGUCCCACACCAUCCUAUCCCAAAACACAAAGCCUGUUACCAUAGCAACAGAUUCGGACUGGCUGUAAUUCCGAGCAAGAUACUCCUGAUCCACUUCAGUCUGACUCGUCGCCUCCUCUCGUGAUUGAACUUUGACCUUUGAGCACCACAGACUAUUGCCACGACCAGCCCGUAUCCUCGGUCGUCUUCCGAACGGUGAUUUAGCUCUCUGCUUUUGGUUCUCAGGUGUGUGUGUGUGUGUGUGUGUGUGUGUGUGUGUGUGUGUGUGUGUGUGUGUGUGUGUCCAGCUGGGCUGUGAGGUUUAAAGUGCAUUUACACACUGACCAUAGCUGCCUAGGACUGUUGGAUCUGUUGCCCUACAGAAAAUGGUGUCUUCACGAUGCCAUAGUGUGUGUGUGUUUGUUUGUGUGUGUGUGUGUGUCUGUCUGUCUGUCUGUCUGUCUGUCUUAACGAUGCCAUAGUGUCUCUGUGUGGUCCAGGUUGUGCUGUGAUUGUAUGACGAUGUACGAUUAUAUGACGUCUUUAUAGAUGAAGGUUUAUCUUUAUGAUGCCGUUUUGUGUGUGUGUGUGUGUGUGUAUUCUAUGCGUACAUGCUGCACAUGUGUGUGUGUUUGCUGCAUGCUGCUUGUGGGCUUGUGUGUGUAAGGGCUUCUUCUGACAUGGUGCUGGCUGUUCCAGAUAAUACCAGACUUAUGAAGGAAGUCUGAAUCUUGAUCGCAACACGAUGCCAUUGUGAUGUCACAGUGCCUUUAUGACAUCGUAAUGACUAACUCAAAAACAUUCUGCUGUCUGGAAAUUAUGACGUCACAGUCAGUGUUGUUAUAUGUGCAGAAUAAUCCGAUUAAAGCAUCAAUUGGAUUAUUAACAGAAUACGUAAGAUUCCCAUUUAUAUGCUAGUUUAGCGUACAAACUGAUACAUACUAAUCAAAAAUAAAAAGAUUCCAUGAUAACAUUGAAGAAUCAUAAUAAAUUCCAACUGAAUUUGGA